CUGAGUCUUGCUCGUGCAGCGAAAACGCAAUCGAUAGCUAAGCAGCAGAUUCGAGGGAUGAAGGUGCGAAGCAGCGUCAAGAAGCUGUGCGAAGGCUGCAAGAGCGUGAGAAGGAAGAAAGGGAAAUACGUCUACAUUAUUUGUAGCAAGAACCCCAAGCAUAAGCAAAGGUAG